CUAUCCUGAACCCAAAGCAGCCGAAAGAGACACCAAAAAGCUUCAGCUUUGACUAUUCCUAUUGGUCCCACACCACGCCUGCAGAUAUCAACUAUGCAUCUCAGAAGCAAGUGUACCGGGACAUUGGUGAGGAGAUGUUGCAACACGCAUUUGAAGGCUAUAAUGUCUGCAUCUUUGCCUACGGGCAGACAGGUGCUGGAAAAUCCUACACCAUGAUGGGGAAGCAGGAGAAGGACCAGCAAGGCAUCAUCCCACAGCUGUGCGAGGACCUCUUCUCCCGCAUCAACGACACGACAAAUGACAACAUGUCUUACUCCGUGGAGGUGAGCUACAUGGAGAUAUACUGUGAGCGUGUGAGGGACCUCCUGAACCCCAAGAACAAGGGGAACCUGCGAGUAAGGGAGCAUCCCCUUAUGGGCCCAUACGUUGAGGACCUUUCCAAGCUGGCUGUGACCUCCUACAAUGACAUCCAGGACCUGAUGGACUCUGGGAACAAGGCCCGCACGGUGGCUGCCACUAACAUGAACGAGACCAGUAGCCGCUCUCAUGCUGUGUUCAACAUCAUCUUCACGCAGAAGCGGCAUGACGCUGAGACAGACAUCACCACCGAGAAGGUCAGCAAAAUCAGCUUGGUGGACCUGGCAGGAAGUGAGCGAGCUGACUCCACUGGUGCGAAGGGCACAAGGCUAAAGGAAGGAGCAAACAUCAACAAGUCCUUGACCACACUGGGAAAAGUCAUCUCUGCCCUGGCUGAAAUGGAUUCAGGGCCGAACAAGAACAAAAAAAAGAAGAAGACAGAUUUCAUCCCUUACCGGGACUCAGUGCUGACCUGGCUGCUGCGGGAGAACCUGGGGGGCAACUCCAGGACAGCCAUGGUCGCUGCUCUCAGUCCUGCCGAUAUCAACUAUGAUGAGACCCUCAGCACUCUCAGGUAUGCUGACCGUGCGAAGCAGAUCCGCUGCAACGCUGUCAUCAAUGAGGACCCGAACAACAAGCUCAUCCGGGAGCUGAAGGAUGAGGUGGCACGCCUGCGUGACCUUCUCUAUGCCCAGGGCCUCGGGGACAUCAUUGACACCCAUCCUGCUGCAGGAGGAUCCAAAUUGACCAAUGCCAUUGCUGGGAUCAGCCCCUCUUCGUCCCUGUCGGCCUUGUCCAGCCGUGCAGCCUCUGUCGCCAGCCUCCAUGAGCGCAUCAUGUUUGCUCCAGGCAGCGAAGAGGCGAUUGAAAGGCUUAAGGAAACAGAGAAGAUCAUUGCAGAGCUAAAUGAGACAUGGGAGGAGAAGCUGCGUAGGACAGAAGCAAUCCGGAUGGAAAGGGAAGCAUUGCUUGCCGAAAUGGGGGUGGCCAUGAGGGAGGAUGGAGGCACCUUGGGUGUUUUCUCUCCUAAAAAGACACCCCACUUGGUCAACCUGAAUGAGGACCCGCUCAUGUCUGAGUGUCUUCUCUACUACAUCAAGGAUGGGAUAACAAGGGUUGGCCGGGAAGAUGCAGAGAAGAGGCAGGACAUUGUUCUCAGUGGGCACUUCAUUAAGGAAGAGCACUGCCUUUUCCGCAGCGACAACAAAACCAGUGGUGAAGUAAUAGUGACCCUGGAGCCCUGUGAAGGUGCUGACACAUAUGUGAAUGGUAAAAAGGUGACGGAGCCUAGCAUCCUGCGCUCAGGAAACCGCAUCAUCAUGGGGAAGAGCCAUGUCUUCCGCUUCAACCACCCUGAGCAGGCUCGGCAGGAGCGGGAGCGGACCCCAUGUGCCGAGACCCCGGCUGAGCCCGUAGACUGGGCUUUUGCCCAAAGAGAGCUGCUGGAGAAGCAGGGCAUCGACAUGAAGCAGGAGAUGGAGCAGCGGCUCCAGGAACUGGAGGACCAGUACCGGAGGGAGCGGGAGGAGGCAAAUUACCUUCUUGAGCAGCAAAGACUGGACUAUGAGAGCAAAUUGGAGGCUUUGCAGAAGCAGAUGGACUCUAGGUAUUACCCUGAAGCAAAUGAGGAAGAAGAAGAACCUGAAGACGAAGUGCAGUGGACAGAGCGGGAGUUUGAGCUGGCCCUCUGGGCCUUUAGGAAGUGGAAGUGGUACCAAUUCACUUCCCUCCGUGACCUGCUCUGGGGCAAUGCCAUCUUCCUCAAGGAAGCCAAUGCCAUCAGCGUGGAGCUGAAGAAGAAGGUUCAGUUCCAGUUUGUGCUGCUCACGGACACGCUGUACUCGCCUCUCCCUCCUGACCUGCUGCCUCCUGAUGCUGCCAAAGACCGGGAGAAGCGGCCAUUCCCCCGAACCAUCGUGGCCGUAGAGGUACAGGACCAGAAGAAUGGAGCAACGCAUUACUGGACCCUGGAGAAACUGAGGCAACGCCUGGACCUGAUGCGUGAAAUGUAUGACCGUGCAGCAGAAGUGCCUUCUAGCGUCAUUGACGACUGUGACAACGUGGUGACUGGCGGAGAUCCUUUCUACGACCGCUUCCCCUGGUUCAGGCUGGUGGGCAGUUCAGAUAUCUCUGGCUGCAACAGCUCUCCUCUUUUCAACACAUGCAUGAGCGAGCGCAUGGCUGAUCUCACCCCCUCCCCUACCUUCUCGAACCCCGACUCCGACAUCACCGAGCCUGCUGACGAGCAGCACCAGGGGCAGGAGGAGGAGGAGGAGGAGGAGGAGGCGGAGGACCUGGAGGAAGACAUCUUUCCGGAGUGCCCACUGUGUGAUGGCCGGGAUCCGUUUUACGACCGCUCCCCCCUGUUCAGUUUAGUAGGAAG